AUGCGUCAAUCACUGAGCCUCCUGGCGGCUAUUUCUCGCACUCAGCCUUCAAAAUUGAAGAAGCCAGCGAUCAGUCUAGACCAUUUCAUCCAAAGACAAAGGGUUUUGUCACUCUGGCGUGAUAUUGUGAGGGCAUUGCACAGUAUGAUGACCCUCGACGUAGUACCCCUGUCACUCAAAACCGCUUAUCUCAUUUUCAUUCUACAAUUAGAAGCUCCACCUUCUCCUACACGAGAUGAGUUACGCUCAUAUGCUCGACACGAGUUUGAGCGGAACCGUGAAGUGACAGAUUUGGCCUUGACAGUCUCACAUACGCUAUCUGAUCUCGGGAAAGCUGAAUUCGAGACUAUGAGGCGAUACAUCGACGAGCAGAUCACUGGAUGA